AUCAAUUGCUGGCCAAUGUCUUCCUCAUCUCUUUCCUUUAUGUCUUUGCAGGGAAAGACGUUUUUUCAUUUUGGAAAGGUUCUGUUCAGCAACACCACAAUUUUCCUGAAGUUUGAAGGAGAUGAGAAGGCUUGUGAAUCCUCUCAGGGUUACAAUAUUACCUGGUACUUCAGACGUUCUGAUUGCUACAAUGAAGUCUCCAACUUUGGGGAUGAGCAAGCAGCGUCUUAUUUUGGAGCCACUAUUGAAGCACAUACGGGUUGGUCAGGGUCCUACGCCAUGGCUUCACUCUUCUUCCCCAACUGUUCGGAGCUCUUCAAACCACAGAUUUUCUAUAAAGAAUAUAUUCCCCUUGAACGUCUUUCGGAUGAAAAACAAGAGAGCUUAAAAGAAAAAGAGAAUACAACAAACAACACAGUGGCAGCAGAGAAAACUGCAAGGAAUGCUGUGAUCCAAACCCAAGAAGAUGGACCAUAUAUCUUUAUUGUGCACAUUGGGCUUUCACCCUUGAAGGAGUCUAGUGUCAGUAUGAAAAGGAGGGAGAUAACAGCACCCUCUUCUGAUCCAGAAAAGAGUCGCUUUACAAUGACUGUGGAACUGAAAGGUCCAUAUGAGUACCUCUCUCUUGCAGACUAUCCUCUCAUGAUUUUUUUCAUGGUGAUGUGUAUCGUCUAUGUAUUCUUCGGAGUUCUGUGGCUUGCAUGGUCAGCCUGUUAUUGGCGGGACCUCCUGAGGAUCCAGUUCUGGAUUGGUGCGGUUAUCUUCCUGGGAAUGCUGGAGAAAGCAGUCUUCUAUGCAGAAUUCCAGAACAUCCGCUACACAGGGGAAUCUGUCCAAGGUGCUCUGAUACUGGCAGAGCUGCUUUCUGCAGUGAAACGUUCACUGGCUCGAACUCUGGUCAUCAUCGUCAGCCUGGGAUAUGGGAUAGUCAAGCCUCGUCUUGGAGUCACUCUUCACAAAGUAGUUACGGCCGGAGUGCUCUAUUUAUUAUUUUCUGGCAUGGAAGGUGUCCUUAGAGUCACAGGGUUUUUCUAUGGCAUUAUGGCUCUGAUAGCAAAUGUGGGUCUAUCGGUGGUUGAUGCCUGUAUUAUUUUUUCGAUAUUCAUCAGCCUGACUCAAACGAUGAAGCUGCUAAAACUUCGGAGGAACGUUGUGAAACUCUCUCUUUACCGGCACUUCACCAACACUCUUAUCUUGGCGGUGGCAGCAUCUAUUGUAUUUAUCAUCUGGACAACCAUGAAAUUCAGGCUGGUGGAUUGUCAAUUGGACUGGCAGGAGCUGUGGGUGGACGAUGCUAUUUGGCGGCUGUUGUUCUCAAUGAUCCUUUUUGUCAUCAUGGUGUUGUGGAGGCCAUCUGCUAACAACCAAAGGUUUGCUUUCUCACCAUUGUCUGAGGAAGAUGAAGAUGAACAGAAAGAGCCCAUGUUAAAGGAAAGCUUUGAGGGAAUGAAAAUGAGAAGUACAAAACAAGAACCAAAUGGAAAUGUGAAAGCAAACAAAGCAGAAGAUGAUCUGAAGUGGGUAGAAGAGAAUGUUCCUUCUUCUGUUACUGAUGUUGCUCUCCCAGCCCUUCUGGAUUCAGAUGAGGAAAGAAUGAUUACACACUUCGAAAGAUCCAAAAUGGAGUGAAGAAGCAACGUCUUGAAACUUCUGUUUCCCGUAGGCUGCCUGGUGGAUCAGGUGCAUUCUGCUGAUCUCUUUCUUGGUCUUCACCUUUGGAACUGGACACUGUAUUUGAAUGGUGGCCUCUUCCACAGUUUAUUGUGAAAGAGGCUCACAAGGACAUUGAUAAAUCUUUGGAAAAUGUUUGAAUUUACAAUGUUGCUGCAAGUUUGGAUUUUUAAGUGAUUUAAAUGUGUGUUCCAGCACCUUCUGUAACUUUUUUCAGAUAUUUAACCUGUCAAACUAAAGGUCCUAACUCCUGACUGAGGGACUGUGAAUUUAAUGUUACAAUUAACUUCUACAGGACAGCUGCCUGUUUUUUUGUUUUUUUUAAGUGGAAAGUAGAAGAUGGCAGUGAAGAAGUAUUUUAGAAACAACCUUGCCAUUUUCUUGGAAAUAAUGACUCGUAGAUGGAGACUGCACAGCUAGCUUAGAAGGAGAGGAGGAUUUUGAGUAAGAAGCCCCAGUAAUUGAAGGAAAUCAAGAUACCAAAAAGGAAAUAUUUGAAAAAGUUACAAUGAUAUUGAUGGUUUUUAACAAAACCAAGUGCAAUUUUAUUAACACUGUGUAGAAAAGAUUUUCUAUUUUAAAUGUCAUUGACCUAGGAGCACCAGUUGCAUAACUUUAGCAUUUUUUGUUGUGGCACAUCUCAUUGCCGGCAAUGUGGUGGAUGCCUGAAAAAUUACUUGCCCAUACCUUCAAAGUGUUGCGUGGUCUAAUAAAAAUUUCCUGCAACACUUUGCUAGUGUGUGUCUGACUAUGAAGUUAAGCAAAUAUUAACUAGAUAUUUCAGCAGGGCUCUACUCUGUGCGAGAUACCUCUCUGCCAAGAGGCCUAUACUCUUCCAGGAGAAAAUGGCACAAUGUCCCAGAGGAAGCAAGUUCUGGUUUUGCCUGCAGGCAAAAAUGUUGCUGGUUUUGAUGUUAAUAUGUUGUGCUGGGAUAGUUCCAUUCCUGGGGUCUGGAUGGGAUGUGUAUGUAAAAGUUACCUGUUAACGUAUAUGAUUUGGUGAUUGGCUUUCUUGUCGUCAAUCCCUCUGACCAACAUGUGCUCUUUGUUCAUUUGUUCAGUGUCUGAGUUGCAGAUUUCUGUUCUGUACAGAGUGUUUCUGACUUCUUAGAGGGGAAAAUAGUCUUUGCUUUUGGGUUUUUCAUAAUGUCUUAUACUUUCUAGCCCUGAACGUUUCACUUGGCAAUAACUUACAUGUGCAUGCCCAUUGUAGGCCAUGGGUUUGCAUGUGUAAAAUUGCACAUGUGAGUGAAGUGAUAAUUGGUCUGCAGAGUUCUUUACUACUGAUAAUGGCACAGGAGGCAACAAGAGCCUGAUUUUUAAAUCCAAUGUGGAGUUUGCUGUACUGCUAAUUAAACAGCUUCUUACUUUGUAAA